AUGUGGAGUUUUCUACUACUAUGGUCGGCCGUUGUCGUCUGCUCAGCCGUGGCUAAAGAUGUGUCGUUUACGAUCAACUUAACGUGGGACUAUGGCGCCCCGGACGGCUUCAGCAGGAAGAUGAUUCUCAUCAACGGCACCUCGCCCGGUCCAGCCCUCCUCAUAGACCAAGGAGACAACGUGAAGUUCCUGGUCCACAACAAUCUGCCGAGCAACACCACCAUCCACUUCCACGGCAUCACUCAGCUCAAGACACCCUGGUCGGACGGUGUCCCCGGGAUUUCGCAAAAUCCGAUUCUGCCGGGGGAGUCAUUCCUCUAUCAGUGGACGGCUGAUGACUAUGGCACGUACUGGUAUCAUGGCCACUACCUCUCCGACAUUAGCGAUGGUCUGUUGGGUCCGAUACACGUCAAUCCUAGCCCCCAGCAGCCUCUGCCAUACAGUCUCAUCAACUCGUCGCCGGCCGAAGUGGCGGCAAUGGCAAACGCAGCGACUAAUCCCCUGCUCGUCACGAUAUCAGACUGGAGUCAUCUGGACUCGGCGGCCGUGUUACAGGCAGAGAUUGACGCCAACCUGGACUUGUACUGCACAAACUCGAUCCUGAUCAACGGGCGAGGCAAGGUGAGCUGCCUACCCAUAUCGACGUACAUGUCGCUGGCAACGCCCUCCACCCUACAAGCCCUGAACGGGCAAAACAUCACCGCGCAAGGUUGCUCACCUCCUGGAAUUGCCGAGAUUGAGGGCAACUUCCAGUUCAACCUGAGUGCGCUGCCACCCGCGCUGGCAUACUCGUGCGAGGCUACCAACACCACUCCGUCCGUCUUCUAUGUCAGCAACACCGACCGUUGGGUCAGCUUCAACUUCAUCCUCGGCGCCUCCGUGCAGACCCCGAUGGUCUCCAUCGACGACCAUGACAUGUGGAUCUACGCCGCAGACGGCCAGUUUGUGCAACCGCAGCGCGUCGACGGGAUGCUCAUCUUUAGCGCGCAGCGUUACUCGGCCCUCGUCAGACUCAAGGACAAGCCCAGCUACGACGCCUAUACCAUGCGCUUCUCCAAUGUGGGAGGCAACCAAAUCCUUUUCGCCACGGCCCUGCUUUCGUACGCUCCGAGCGGCAAGAUUGAAACCAUCGCGCCAGACUCGCACGCACUCUUCAACCAGGCUGGCAGCGCGACCAAUAGCUCAGUCGUCACCCUUGACAUGAGCUCCCUCGAACCAUAUCCCGCUAUAAAACCCGCGCAGGACGUAGAUGCGACGCACAUAUACAAGGCCGGCCGUGAUGGCGCCGCCUGGAACUGGACCCUGAGCGCAAACCAGGGAAACAUCUCCUACCCAAUGUCCAUAACGGACGGCUAUCCCCUCCUCUUUGAUCCCAACAGCACCGCAGCUCUCAACUCCAAUCUCACAAUCCGCACCCUCAAUGGAACUUGGGUGGACAUUAUCGUCCUCACUGAUCCCGGUAGCCAGAACCCUACGCAGCCGCCACAUUCGUUCCACAAGCAUAGCAACAAGUUCUUCAUAAUCGGCAGCGGUACAGGUGACUUCAAUUACACCUCCGUCAAGGAGGCUAUGCAGGCGCAGCCCGAGUCCUUCAACCUCGACAACCCCCCAUUUCGCGACAGCUUCGUAUCAAGUGCCGUUGCGCCGGGCAUGCCAACCUGGAUCGUGAUUCGCUACCAGAGCAUGAACCCUGGCGCCUUCAUCCUGCACUGCCACAUCCAGCCUCAUUUCGCGGGUGGCAUGGCCAUGGCAAUGCUCGACGGCGUAGAUAAGUGGCCCACAAUCCCGGCAGCGUACCGUCCGGAUGGCAGCGGCACCGGGAUGUAG